AUGGCCAAUCUGACAACAGAGUUUGACGCCCUACUGAAAGGGCACCAGGCUGCCCCAACGAAGCCGUUCAGCCCGGACACGGCCGAUGAAUUCCUCAAGGAAGCAUACAGGAUAAACUCAGUGAUUGCGCGCUUACACACCGAACUACGCCGCUUGCGUCAAGCCUACCUGUCGACCGCUGCUCCACGAAAGACACACCUGCGCACCGCCGCAUCGCGUUCGGCGCCGUCGCAACAUGUAGACCUUACAGACCGGGACCGGGAGGAAAUCGACGCCAACGCAAAGAUGACGCUCCGCGACCUCAACGCGCAAAUCCGCGCGCUGGAAGAGGCUGAACAGCUGCGGCAGAGUACCGGGGCUGCGUUGCUGCGGAAGCGCUUGUCGCGCGGGCUAGGUGUCUUGGGAUCCUGGGCGGCUGGGGACGCUGCGCGCAGCGAGCAGGCCACUGUGGAGGCUGCCGCUCGUCAACUUGGGGCACAUCGAGAGAGCGUAAUAUGGUUUCUAAGGGUGCGCCUGCAGGAAACGGCGCGGACACAGCAGCGAAUGAUGGAGACGCGCUUAACCAGGGAAAUGGAGAAAAACAGAAGUGUACUGGCUAAGGCGAGGAGCCCAGCUAUGGCAAUGCCUGGGAACGGCAUCGCAAAACAUAGCGCAGGGAAGCUUCUGACGACCAACAAUGCCCGGGAGACAGGUUUGUCAGUGCAGGAAGAGGAGAAGAAGAAGCAGCAGUCGGCGGCGGUAGAUAACCUUACGGACCACCAAAAGCAAAUUUUCGAGAAGGGCAACCAAGACAUGCUCAAACAUUUCGAAAGCACAUUGGACAAAGUCAGGACUGCAGAGAACUCACUCAUCGAGAUAGCUGAGCUCCAGAACCUGCUGGUCAGUAACCUUGCGACACAGUCUGCACAUAUUGACCAGCUGGUCGCCGACUCGUUCGAGACUACUGAGGGCAUCGGCAAGGGAAACAAAGAGCUGAAGAAGAGCGCGGGGAGAGCGAGCCCGGCUCGGUACACCUUCUUUGCUGCCGCUGGGCUUUGCACUGCUCUCAUCUUAUGGGACCUGAUUAUAUAG